AUGACAAACAAUAAUGAAACUCAAUGUGACAAUAAUCAAUCUACAGUUUCAUCACAAACAUCUACUAAAAUAUUAAAUCAAUCAAAUAAGAUUUUUGUACCAAUUAAAGGUGUUAGAUUUAUCAAUUCACAUGGAAUAAUUUUUCUUGAAGCACAUCGUGCUAAAUAUCCUCAUAUACAAUGGAGUCCACCUGCUAAUCUACCACAAGUGAAACCCAGUCCAUCAUGGUUUUCAAGUGACUAUCCAUGGCUCCGGGCCAUUUAUUCAGAGGACCAUUAUGGUUUAUUAUGCAUUGACUGUGUCGAAUUUGCAUCAAAUGAAAUGGCUGUUAAAAAGCUAAAGGUGCAUUUGUCGUAA